ACCAGUUUCGGUGGAAAUUAUUUCUAUUAAAUAGAAAAAUUUAAUAUUAAACGGUAUAUUAGACAACAUGCUAGUAUAUUUCAUAUAUAUUUCUUUUUUUAGGAGUAACUUGCUUUUGUAUUCUUUUUAAAAAUUUAUCUUUAUUGUUUAAAGUAUUACAGAUAUCCCCCUCUUUUUCCCCAUUGAUCCCCUCCACCCCACUUCUGUCCCCUUGGUCAUGGUCAAAGAAGGUUCACUGUGGACCUAGAAGUGCAUGCUGAGGCCCCAGGGGAAACAAAUCUCUACCUAUCUGAAGUAAAUAAAGGAGACAGACCCUCUAUUAGAAACCAUAUGGAAAAAUGAGAAAACAAACAAAAAUCCUGUUCCUUCACAGAUAAUUUAAUGAACAUUAGGCUUAGUGGGAAACCUAACAGAAAACACCAUAGUUGACAUUUCUGUUGUUUGGGGAAAUCACCUGAGUUUGCAGUUAGUCUAUAUGUGUGAACUUUUUUUUUUUCAGGGGUGGAGAGGAAGCUAUGUCAAAUUGAUUAUAAGUAAUACAUUUAUACUCAUUACACAUUAUCUCACGUCAAAAAUUGUUUCAGCCAAGCUGUAAAAAUUACCUCAGAAAACCUGAAUUGUUUUGGCUACUUCUUCCUGCUCAUCCCUGCCUCCGUGAGCUCCUUGCAAGUAACCAACCCCAUCGCCAUGUCUCAGGCUGAGUUUGACAAAGCUGCUGAGGAAGUUAAGCACCUCCAGAGCAAGCCAGCAGACGAUGAGAUGCUGUUCAUCUACAGCCGCUACAAACAAGCAACUGUGGGUGACAUAGAUAAAGAACAGCCCGGGAUGAUGGACCUCAAAGGCAGGGCCAAGUGGGAUGCAUGGAAUGCGCUGAAAGGAACUGCCAGGGAAGAUGCCAUGGAAGCUUAUAUCAGCAAAGUAGAAGAACUAAAGCAAAAAUACGGAAUCUAGGGACUGGAUUUGGCUGCCAGCCACACUUUUCAUCUAAAUUGGUAAUCAUGCCUUGUUUCUCUAAUACCAUGGAUGAAGUGAAAUAAUGAAAUUAACCCUCUUCCUGAACACUGUCCAGGAUAUGGCUCUAAGAGAUUAAGGAGCUGAAAUAAAUGGUUACUCGCCUUGCUGAGUAGUUUUUAUCUAUAGAUCAAUUAAAAAAAAAAAACUUGCUUAAUUAGAAUAUUUUGUGAAGCGGAAAUGAGAUGAUUUAUAGAAUCAA